AUUCGCCAUAGUAGGUUUCGGAAAAAUACGCGAAGGGAAUCGUUUCACUCGUGCACUUCCGGACUGAACCAACCGGAAACCGCCCGCUCACAACUUUUGUUUUCGCUGUUACCCAUCGAUUAGAAAUAUCAGACAUCAUGUCGGGCUCAUCAAACAUUGUUGCGAUGAAGAAAGUCGUUCAGCAGCUGCGCUUCGAAGCAAACAUCAACAGAGUAAAGGUCUCUCAGGCGGCUGCAGAGCUUCAACAGUUCUGUAUUCAAAACGCCCUUCAGGAUCCUCUGCUGACCGGUGUGUCUUCAAGCACCAACCCCUUCAGGACACAGAAGGUUUGCUCCUUCUUGUGAGGGUCCGUGAUGGGCGUCUGCCAUUGCCUUUUUCCCUGUUCCUGUGACACUUCUGCUGGGGAAAAGAGAAGAAAACCACUGCCAUGAUGUGUAAUUGAAAAAGCAGCAGCACGAAGCUGUCGUCUUGCCAGUUAAUACCUCAUGCCAUAAAUACAAAAACAAGAACUGAAAGGAUUUGCCGCUCUGACUGCUUUAUGUCUGUUAUGGUGCAUUUUCAUUUUAGAAGAAAAAUUUACUUUCGUGUCUCAGCUUGACUCUCCUUCUCACAGCCCUCAGAUUUCAGUUUGAAGACCUCAAAACUAAAAUGUCUGCCUUAAUGAGUGAUAAACAGCGCUCCAGUUUUGUGGAGGGAAGGCUUUUGUAUUUUUGUGUGGCACAGCAGAGGAAACUUAGUAAUUUAUUGUGCCUUUUUAACAUUGUAGUCUUUUUCUCUAUCUUCUCUGCCUUGGACUUUUUAUAACACCAAAAUAAACCCAUUGAUUUCUA